CAGAAUCGGCACAACUGUCCAACCAACGACAAAAAGAACUACCUAUAUUCAACGUAGACCACAGAUCUGCAAAAGAAAAUUUUCAAAAUGAAAGGUUACUUCAUCUUCGCCGUAUUGUUGAUCCUCACCAUCGGUACCGAACUUGCUUUCGGUGACUGCCUUUCUGGAAGAUAUGGAGGCCCAUGUGCAGUAUGGGACAACGAAACCUGCCGCAGAGUGUGCAAAGAAGAAGGACGAGUCAGUGGACAUUGCAGCGCUAGCCUGAAGUGUUGGUGUGAGGGGUGUUAGCCUUUUACAGCCAUUUUACAAUUGAUUUACUUGUUUUUUAUUAUUAUGUUAAAGUUAACAAAUGUUAAAAUAUAUUUUUUUGUUUAAAAA